UCCCCCACCAAGAUGGCGGCGAGCAGCCGCCCCACUUCUCUACCUCCUGCCCCCCAAGCAACACCCACGGGGCAACGAAACACCCCCACCCCACGGCCUGCCCCACGGCGCGCCCCACGGCCUGCCCCACGGCGCGCCCCACGCCGCCGCCCCGCCGCCCCCGACUUCAUCCUUCACCAAACGACGGACGACGUCCUCCUCAUCCUCCCCGCCACGGGCCCCCGGCGUCCCCCCAAAUCCGCCCCACGGAGGAAGAGGAGGCGGCGGGAGGAAGAGGAGGAGGAGGAGGAGGAGGCCGAAGGCUCCGCCGUGGGUCCGCAGAGCCCGUGGGGUUCCCGCCUGCCCCCCGAAAUCCUCGUCCGCAUCUUCCAGGGGGUGGUGGAGGAGGAGGGGGCCGUGCCCUUCCUCUGCAGGGCUGCCCGCGUCUGCCGGCUCUGGCGCGCCGCCGCCGCCGAACCCCGACUUUGGCAGCGGGUGACGCUGGGGGGGUGCUGGGGGGACCCCCCCCCCCCCCCACAGAGGAGGGUGCUGGGCACCCUGCAGUGGCUGGCCGAGAGCAGGUUCUCGCUGCUGCAGGAGUUUGUUCUCUGCGGGUGGAGGGGCCACGUGGGUUUCGUCCUGCAGGCGCUGGGCACCCACUGCCCGCUCCUGCGCUCCCUGGCCCUGCGCCGCUGUGGGGGGGUCCCAGCGCAGCCCCUGGCCCAGCUGCCCCCCCCGCUGCCCCCGCCUGUGCCGCCUGGAGCUCAGCCACUGCCGGGUGGGCACGGACACGCGUGGGGGGGCACGGACACGCGUGGGGGGCACGGACACCCGGGGGGGGACACCUGGGGGGUGGGGGGGGAUGGACACCCGUGGGGGGGGCACUUGGAGGGGGGGCACCUGUGGGAGGGGGGACCCCCAUGUUGGGAGGGGAUAUGGACCCCCCGGGGGGGGGGGGGGGGCAGGGCACCCACGGGAGGGGGACACGGCCCCCGUGGGGGUGUCACCCGUGGGGUGCCGCAGGUGGAGCCCUCGGCCGUGGUGGGGUUCCUGGAGGGCGCCGGCCCCCGGCUGCAGUGGCUGCGGCUGAGCUGCGGCCCCCGCCUGGGCCCCGUCCUGGCCACGCUGGCGAGCGGGCGCUGCCCCGACCUGCGGCUGCUGGAGCUGGACACGGCGCUGGGGGGCACCGGGCCCCCCCUCCCGCUGCCCGUGGAGCAACUGCAGGCAGCCUGCCCGCACCUCCAGGUGCUGCGGCUGCUGAACCUGAGCUGGACCCCCGGCCCCCCCGGCCCCCCCGGCCCCCCCCGGCCCCCCCCCGGCUUCCCGCGCCUGGAGGAGCUGAGCCUGGCCAGCACCCGCGGCACCGGCGUGGGCGACCAAGUCCUGCGGCGGCUGCUCCGCGGCUCCGGCCGCCUGCGGCUCCUCGACCUGCGCGGCUGCGCCCGCGUCACCCCCCGCGCGCUGCUGGAGCUGCCCUGCGCCGCUCUGGAGCAGCUGUACCUGGGGCUGCCGUGCGGCGCGGAGCAGCUCCCCCGGCUGAGCGAGGGCAGCGCCGGGCUGGCCUGGAAAUGGCGCCGGAGCCUGCGGGAGCUGGACCUGGCCGGGCGCGGGUUCGAGCAGCAGGACCUGGCACGCGCCAUGGCCGCCUUCGGCCCCGGCUCCCCCCUGCGCUCCCUCAACCUGGCCGGCACCAAGGUCACCGCCGGCGCCCUCAGCGCCCUCCUGCCCGCCUGCCCGGCGCUGGCCUACCUCAACCUCUCGGCCUGCCGCCGGCUGCCCCGCGGCACCAAGAGGCCCCACCGCGGCCGCCACGACGUCCGGCGCUGCCUGCGGCUGCUGGCCGGGGAGACCCCCCCGCGCCAGGGACCCCCCGACGGCCAGGAGCCCCCCCAUGACGAAGGACGGCCGGACGACGAGGGACCCCCCGACGACGAGGGACCCCCCAGUGAUGAGGAGCCCCCCCCGUGACAAGGGACCCCCCCGUGACAAGGGACCCCCCCCCCCACGAGCCCCCAUGACCAGCCCCCCCCAAUGAGGACCCCCCCAUAACGAGGAGCCCCCCCA